AUGGUCAGGACCAGGUCGAGGGCUACUAGCCCUGGCCGUCAGGGAAGCAGAGGCGCUUCAAGUGAUCCCCAGCGUGAUCGCCAAUCUGCACCAGUCAUGCAGACGUCAUCCGUUCAGAAUAUGCAAUCCAUGGCGGCUGCAAUGGCGGAAUUGACUCGCCAAAACCAGGAGUUAAGGAUGGAGAUCAGUCAGAGAAGACAGACACGUGAGGAACACGCAGGACAGACACAAGGCCAUGGUGACAGAGAGAAUACUGAGGUUGGAAGCCAGUUUAGAGGCACCACUUCACGGGUAGUGCCACACUUGAAAGAGGAGAUGGACCAAAUGAAGAAAGUCAUGGAGGAGAUGAAGGAGAACAUGAGGAGAACUAAUCCUAUAGAAGAUUUGGUCCACAGAACAGAUUCUCCUUUUACGGCUUCCAUCAAUGGCCACCCCUUACCAUCAAAGUUCAAACUGCCUUCCCUGGACUCGUAUGAUGGGACGCGUGACCCCUUUGAUCACAUUGCAACAUUCAAGACGACAAUGCACCUCCAAGGGGUCCCUGAUGAAAUCAUGUGUCGAGCCUUCCCUACUACCCUUAAAGGCCCGGCACGAGUUUGGUUCAGUAAAAUCCCCCCAAGUUCCGUAAGUUCUUUCGAAGAGUUAAGCAAAUUGUUUGUUAACAAUUUCAUCGGGGGACAGAGGCACAAGCGCUCUUCGUCCAGCUUACUGACCAUAGAACAAGGGGAGAACGAAAGCCUGCGGUCAUUCAUCACUCGCUUCAACAGAGAAGCCCUUAGCGUGGACGAGGUGGACGACAAGCUUCUACUGGCAGCCUUCCACAAUGGGAUUAAUUCGGAUUUAUUUAUCCACAAGCUAUACGAGAAGGAGCCUCAAACCAUGGCCGAGCUCGUGCUCAUGCAAAUCAAAGACGAUCCUUCUUUAAAAUGGCCAGAGAAGAUGAAAGGGGAUCCCAACAAGCGCAAUAAGAACAAAUAUUGUCGCUUUCACAGGGACCAUGGGCAUGACACGGAUGAAUGUUAUGACCUAAAACAGCAAAUUGAGAACCUUAUCAGGCAAGGAAAGUUGAAGCACUUCGUUGGAAGGGAUCGUACAGAUGAGAAGCUGAAAGGCAAAAUGGAGGAAUCAUCCCGGCCCCCACUUGGAGAGAUAAGGAUUAUCGUUGGAGGGAACCCGAUGGGGCAAUCUUCCAAGUCGAAGAAGACGUAUCUCAAAGCGGUACAAAAUGUCCAGCUCUCUGGACGACCACCAAGGACGAGAUUAAUGGACGAGCCAACCAUUUCCUUCACCGAUGAAGAUGCUGAGAGGAUCCAUCACCCGCACGACGAUGCGAUCGUCAUUACACUGCUCAUUGCAGAUUAUACAACCAGAAGAGUGUUAGUUGACAAUGGAAGUUCAGCAGACAUAUUGUACUACCCCGCCUUCCAACAGAUGAGGCUUGGACGAGAUCAACUUCGUCCAGUAUGCUCGCCGCUGAUAGGAUUUGGAGGAAUGAAGGUGCAGCCCGUGGGUACCAUUACAUUACCAGUGGUGGUAGGGUCAUACCCGCAACAGAUAACCAAGGAAGUCAAUUUCCUCGUGGUAGACUGUACUUCUUCAUACAAUGCCAUCAUUGGAAGACCCACUCUUAAUAGUUGGAAGGCGAUAACCUCGACCUACCAUCUAUCAGUCAAAUUCCCUACGGAGUACGGGAUAGGACAAGCACAAGGAGAUCAGUUGGCAGCUAGAGAAUGCUACUUAGCCAUGAUGGCUUUGGACGAACAGAUGCAGACAAUGAGCAUCGAGGAGAGAAGAGUUAUUGCAGAGCCCACGGAAGUGUUGGAAGAUGUUCUUUUGCAAGAAGAUGAUCCUGAGAAAUUUACCAGAAUUGGAACAGGUAUGAAGGAGAAGGCAAGAGAAGACCUCAUCCAGUUCCUGAGAAAAAGUAUCGACGUUUUUGCAUGGAGUCAUGACGACAUGCCAUGA